AUGCCGAGUCAGCCUUCGUCUUCGUCCACCUACUACGGCCAGAGGCAGGCCCCAUCGGCGUCCCCAUCGUCGUCAUCUCAGCAGCAACAGCAGCAACAGCAAGCGAUCGACUACGCGCGCUUCGCUCCUCCAACCUCGUCGUCGUCGCCGUCGUCAUCGAACCCGCCGUCGCGGCAGGGGUCCGGGUCGGCCGGCACCGCUACCACUGCGCCCCACCCCGGUACUACCGAGCGACGCCUCCACCACGCAUCCGAUGAGUCGCUACACGGCGACGACCGCGAACCGCCCGAACCCAACUUUGCCGGCCGGGGCGCCGGAAGGCACUCGCAGAACCUCGGCAACGGCAUGUCCCUUCCACCUAUCAAUACCCUGCUGCAGCCCUACGGAUCCGCGGUCGUCUCGUCACCGCUGCAGCACUCGCAGCUCUCACCACCGCCACCGACCAUAGCUACCUCGGCCGCCUCGCCAGGCGGAGGGGCCGGUCCGACUAUCGGCGCGGCGAAUGGCUCUCCUCGCAUGUCGUUCCUAUCAAGGUCUCUCCACGCCGCUCCACCCGUGUCUCCGCACGUGUCAUCAUCCUCCUCCCCGGCGACUUCAACGACAACGUCGACACUGGCCGCUCGUCCCGGAAGGAGUGCGAGCACCUCGUCCCCCGCCGUCCCUGUCAGUGGCUCUUUCGGCUCGACGUCGGCGUCCGCUUCCACGUCCACGUCCACGUCCACGUCCACGUCCACGUCGGCCUCGACCUCGGCCUCGACCUCGACUUCAACGUCGUACUCGCCGAGAACCCGCGCGUCGUCGCCCUCGACGCGGGAGACACACUUUCCCCCCUCGAAAUCCCACUCCAACUCGUCGACGACUAGCGGUGGGACGUCACAUUCGCAACGCUCGCCCAGAACCGGCAACUUUGACCAUCCGGGUCAUCUCCCCUCGGCUCCGGGGUUCCUGUCGACUUCAGUGGGAUCGUCGUCGACGUCGUCAAUGGUCUCCCCGUCGCACCAUGGGCCGAGGGAGGUCGAGGGUGGCUCAAAUGGUGGCGUACGCGAACGGGAACGGGAACGAGAACGUGAAGGGCAUCGUUCUGAUCGCGAAGGAAAACGGGAGCGGUCAGGCGGGCAGCACUGCGCCAAGUGCGACUUGCCGAUGACGGGCCAGUUUGUUCGGGCUCUGGGCACGGUCUAUCAUCUCGACUGCUUUCGGUGUCUGGUCAGUCAUCUGUCUUGAUGAGCUCACGCGCACCCGUAUCGGGCGUGAAAUCCCGACUCCGCUGGCUGACCUUUCGCCCGGUAAUUUCGCUGUGACCCGUCAUCGUGCAGGACUGCAACAAGAUCGUCGCCAACAAGUUCUUUCCCAUCGACGCCCCCGACGGCAGCAGCGGCCGGCAGGUACCGCUGUGCGAGACCGACUACUUUCGGCGGCUCAACCUUUUGUGCCAAAAGUGUGGUCAGGCUUUGAGGGGCAGUUACAUCACAGCCCUAGGUACGUUCGCGUCCACAUCCAACCUGACCUGAGAUGCCGAGUGCGUUUUCGUCUAAUCGUCCUCUUUUUCCUGCUGCCUGCACAGACAUGAAGUUCCACGUCGAGCACUUCACGUGUUCCAUCUGCCCGACCGUGUUUGGCCCACAGGACUCGUACUAUGAGCACGCCGGCUCCGUCUAUUGCCACUUUCAUUAUUCGACUCGCUUCGCCGUAAAAUGUACGGGGUGCCGGACGGCGAUUCUCAAGCAGUUCGUCGAGAUCAACCGCAACAGCGUCGAUGAGCACUGGCAUCCCGAGUGCUACAUGAUCAACAAAGUAAGAAAUGCAUAUCGUGACCGUACCAUCCGAAUGGAGCGCGCACCCACUGACGACCCUAUCCUCUCGCACUUCGUAGUUUUGGAACAUCAAGCUUGCGCUGAGCCCUGUGGCCAAAGCCGUCGAAACGGCUGUCGAGACGGGCGGCGGCAGCGGUGAAGCCGUGUCGAUCGCGGGCGAAGGAGCGGCGGAUGCGAAUGGACCCCCUUCCAAGGCCCUCGAAGCCAAGGAGUACCUGGCCCAGGAAGAGGCUGAAACGCCGUUGUCGCUCAAAGCGCGGCAAAAGCUGAUGGAGGAGCAAGUCUACCGGAUCUGGACCGUGCUGUCGGCGUUCGAGGAGAGCAGUGCGGCGUGCAUCUCCGAGAUGCUGCGCCACGUAUCGUCGGGGCACUACAUCGAUGGCGUGCAGAUGGCCGAAAAGUUCGUUGUGCACGUCGAGACGCUGUUCGCCGCCAUCGACGAUCUUUCGGCGCAAUUCAAGCUCGCCGGCACGAAAGAGAUUUCGCACGUGCGCGAGGCGCGCAUGUUGUGCAAAAAGGUUGUGAGCUUCUUCUCGCUGCUGUCGCACACCCACGAGACGGGGGCGCGCAAGAUGUCGAUCACCCAAGACCUGCUCUCGCUCGUGACCGGUCUGGCGCACUACCUCAAGAUCCUCAUUCGGAUCGCCUUGACGGCCGCGCUCAAGCUCGAGCGCGAGUUCGACAGCCCGACCGCCAUCGCCGGGUUCUUGACAAGGUUGGACCAGCUCGCGCACGACCCCGACGCCAGCACAAAAAACUCGCCCAACAACUCGCUCGACCUCCACGGCGCCGCAGCCGCACUGACGAGCCAUGCGAACGGUCUAGCGUCGGCGCGAGGAAAGAAAUCUUCCGAGAUGAGCCGCGAAGCCAGCGGGCGGUCCUAUCGGUACAAGUCGCUGAUGCGUCCCGACGGCUCCACGCUGGUCGGUUCUGGGGAGGCGACGACGGAUCUGUGCGAAGGGUGUCACCUCACCGUCGAGGAGGAGUGCGCUCGGUACGGCACUAGCCACCGAUGGCACCUCGCUUGCCUGCAGUGUAAGGCGUGCGGCAAAUCGGCGAGUCGGGACCAGCCCGUCUCGGCGCAGGACCGGGCCGAGAACGUGUGGUGGCCCGAGUUCAGACUCGAGGCGAUCGGGGACGCCGGGUCGCGAGUUGAGGUCGAGAUCGUGGGGACCUACUGCAAGGAGUGCAUCGGCUUGGGACGGGUCGCAUCACACGCCUACCUGCGCCAGGGCCUCGACUACGUCACACGGCUCGAACAGUACGCUUUUUUGCUGUGCGUCGCGCUCAACAAGCUCUAUGCGCUGCUCAAGCAGCGCGGCGUCGUCCCUUCGUCCCCGACCGACGAGGACUCGUCUGAUGAGCGAUCGCUCUACGACACGUACCGCGACUCGACCGACAUCAAGCGCAUGAAAUCGGUCAACCUCGACCGAAAGCUAUCGUCGACGACGGCGCGGACACCGAAGCGGUCCGUCGUCGUCCAGAGCCCCUCCGGCCGGGUCGCGCAGUCCAGCGACACGACGAUCCCGCUCUUCACGGGCAAGCCACCGGUCCCUUCCCGCAAGGACCAGCCUCUGCUCGACCCCAUCCGAGGCACGACCGUACCCCGACCUCCUUCGCAACCCGCAGGCGCUGCUGCUGUGGCGACCGCGACGAACUCGAGCCAUCCCAAGUCCACCGACGUCUCGCCCGCGAUGACGGGGUCCUCCUCGGCCUCGAUCGCGAGCGCCUCUUCGAACGCGACGGCCGUGCCUCCAACCCCGACCGCGGCGAUACCGAUGCCAAUGUCAAUGUCGAUGCCGAUGUCGAUGUCGAUCGCGACCUCGAACUCGUCCCGACCGACGUACAAUCGCGCGACCACGGCCGUACAAAUCGUCGACGACCAGCCCCUCGAUACCUCGCCGACGACGUUUGAGCCUGUGCUGGGAGGAAGCCUGGAACCGACUCAGGACGAAGACGGCAUCACGCUGGCCGAUCUGCCGACGGUCAUGCAAGCCGAGCAGAAGCGCGAGCAGAUGCGAUACCAGCCGACGCAGCCCGUCGCGACGUUGACUCCGCUCUUGUCAGAGCUAUCGGCCCUCGAGUACCUCAUCGUGCGCCACAUCGCCGCACUGCUGCUCACGACCGAGGCCCCAAACGCACGCUUCUCGUUCCGCGACGUCGUCGCCCUCGACGAGCUGCUCGAGGUCAUCGACGAACGCAAGAACACGUUCUGGGGCAAAUUAUUCAAGGGCGGCAAGGAGAAGAAGAGCGAAAAGAAGAAGGGCGUUUUUGGCAUCCCGAUCGAGGCCCUCGUUGAGCGCAACGGCGCGGACUCGAUGCACGGCGCGGGUCCCGGGUCGCUGCGCAUCCCGAGCUUCGUCGACGACGUCAUCUCGGCCAUGAAGCAGAUGGACAUGUCGAUCGAGGGUAUCUUUCGCAAGAACGGCAAUAUCCGCCGCCUCAAGGAGCUAUCGGAGGCGCUCGAUCGCGAUGCCGCCGCCGUGAACCUAUCCGACGACAAUCCCGUGCAGAUCGCGGCGCUGCUGAAGCGCUUCCUGCGUGACCUGCCCGACCCGCUGAUUCCGUUCAAGCUCUUCCAGCUGUUCAUUGCGACACAGCGCAUCGACCACGUUCAGGACCGCAAGCGCGCGUUGCAUCUGUGCUGCUGCCUCUUGCCCAAGAGCCAUCGCGACACGCUCGAGGCCAUCUUUGUCUUUCUCAAAUGGGUCGCCUCGUUCUCGCACGUCGACGAGGAGACGGGAUCCAAAAUGGACCUGCUGAACCUGGCGACCGUCGUAUCGCCCAACGUGCUGUAUUCCAAGGGCAAGGACCCCGCGCGCGACGAAUCCUUUUCCUCGGUGCGAGCGGUGCACGAGCUGCUCGAGUGGCAGGAUGAGCUGUGGCAGGUAAGUCGCGGACUUAGUGGAGGAACCAGGGGGGGCCUGGGUUUCCCUCGUUCCGCCGGAUUCGGCAGAUCCCAUGUGCGGAAGCUGAUUGCUUAUUGGCUUUGCUCUGCUUUUCACUCGCCCAGGUGCCCGCCGAUUUCGUCUCGGUCUUGAGCGAUCAAGAAUUUUUCAGCAAUCCGUCGCAGUUGACCUCGAAGGAGAUUCUCGCUCGUGCCGACUUGCACGUUCGGUCAACCGCGCGCAAAGGCAGCGCACCCGCACUGGGGUCCCACCGUAUCGAGCCCUAUCCGUCACGACCGGAUCUACACGCGACCUGGACCGCGAGUUCGGACUCGCCCGUCACCGGCCCCGGACUCGGUCCUGGCUCUGGUUCCGGCCCCGUCAGUCGAUCGACCUACCCCCCACUGCCCGUCGCGAGCGGCAACCACCAUGCCAGCAAACCCUUGGGCGAGCGACCGCUGUCGUCGACGAUUCUCCACCACGCUUCCACGAACGGCAGUGCGAUACCCAUCCGACCGAUACCCUCCUCGCAGACGUACCAGCGAUCCCCCGUCGGCAGUCCGAAUAUGCACCUUACCCAAUGA